AUGAGUCUACUCAGCCUGCCUUGCAAUGUUCGCGAUGAUAUUUUCAGAAGAGUUCUCCUUGUGGCCCAUCCACUCUAUCUGCUCCAAGACGGCGACUCUAGCAUGGUAGAGACAUUUGGACCAGAAAUACGAGUUCGAUGGCGAGCAUUGCUGUACACCAAUCGCCAGGUGCUCGAUGAGGCUAGCGCAGUGCUCUAUGGAUCGAAUAAUUUUUCCCUGGUUGAUACCACACAGAAACAGGUUGUCCUCCUGCAAUCCUUCUUAAACUGCAUCGGGUCUACAAACGCAGGUCUACUGUCUCACAUAUGCAUCAACUUCCCGUCGCAGAGCAUGCGGAUGGGCGACCAGGAGGAAUCCUGCUCAGGAUAG